CCCAGGUCAAUGUCCCAACAAGCAAUCCCUCCUGGACAAUCUGGUCAGACAGUUCUCAAUUUUAAUGGUCAAAAAUGGAGGACAGAGAGAACUCAGGGAGAUCAUAUAACAAACUGAUCUAUCAGGAGGAAUCAGCUGCAGAUGAGCAACCUAUCUACUCCAACCAGGAGAAGCAACAAGUGUCUUUGACCGCCGUGGGACCUGCAUCCAGUUUUAAUCAUUACAAAUUGCUCACACUGAGCCUGGCGGUGCUCGCUGCUUUCCUGCUGGCGGUUGAUAUCGGCUUGGGAGUCUACUACUACCAUCUGACAGAUGGUAGUUUAGUAAGAGACCUGGCUGGUGAAGUAGCAAAACUGCAAGCUUCCUACAAUGCUGCAAUCCAUAGGAGGGAGGAUGCCAAGGAACAACUGGCGAGAGAGAUCGGCAAGCAGGCAGUGACUAGGUGGGAGCUCGAGCACCAGACCAGAAGAAAAGAAGACUAUGAACGUGUGAUUGAAAAAACUCAGAUUGAAAUUGCCACGUUGAAAUCCCACAUACCAAUGAUAAAGGAAGGAUGCAGACACUGUUCACCUGGAUGGACUUUCAUGAACUCACUCUGUUACUUCUUCCCAUUUGCUGACACUUAUUCAUCCGUCAAUUGGCAACAGGCUAGAGACCACUGCAAGCGACAAGGAGGCGACUUAGCAAUCGUUGACAGCAGAGAGAAACAUCUGGCAAUAACUAACUUGAUACAUAACUAUAAAGAUCCCAAGACAUGGAUGUACCAGAGUGGUUUCUGGAUUGGACUGAGAGAUGUAGAAGAAGAAGGGAGAUGGAAGUGGCUGGAUGGGACAAGACUGAAUGAGGGGUACUGGAAUGACGGAGAACCCAACAAUGAAGACAAUGAAGACUGCGCAGCUGUGUAUCCCAGAAGUAACCCUUUUAAGGCUUGGAACGAUGCGCCGUGCAAUUUUAACCUGAAGUGGAUUUGUGAAAAGCAACCAUGGGCCAUAGGUUGACAUCAUUAAACUUUGAAUAUAAAAAUGCAUUAACCUCUGGUUUACAAAGAAGAAUCGAGUUGGUCUGUAAGACUCUUCUGAGUUUUAUUUCUUUUGUUUAGACUAUAAAAGUGCAGAGAGAAUUAAAAUACUAAAAACAAAUAUGUAACAUAUUGUAUCAAAUAAAUGUUUGUCUCUA